AUGUCCGGUCGAGGAGGAGGAGGUAGAGGAGGAAGAGGAGGAGGGAGAGGAGGAAGGGGAGGAGGACGUUCAGGAGGCAUAGCAGAUUUAUCACUUGGUACUCUAACGUUUGCUGAUAUAUUAGCUACCUCAAGAGCAGAUGUAGGUGAUGUACUUUAUCCAACUCAAGGCGUUCAAGUUCCAAAUACAGACGGACCUACACUUCAUGAAGAAAAAUCAGUUAGUUUAGAUGUAGAUCGUUGGUUAUUUUCAUCUGUUAAACCUGAAAGAAGUAAAUGGGUAGUCGAAGGUGAAUUAAAGAAAAGAAAGAAAUCAAAUGGUAGUGGAAUCACAAAUCAAAUUUCUAGACUCGGACUGAAUUCAACCAUCACAACAAGCCAAUCAUCAUCAUCGAACAAUCAAGAUUUCCUUUACUCUGAUCGAUAUAAAUCUAAUACUAGUCAAUCACAUUCACAAUCAAAACAAACGAAUGUACCGGAUACAAGAGUUUUUCUAGAUCAAAAAUAUUUUCCUACUGAGCUUUGGACAAGUUAUAUUGAAGGCAAGAAGACGAUCUUAAAGACCAAGAAGCGUAAGGUUAACAAAUCAAAUGGCCUAGAUCAACUCGAAGAUGAUGGGGAUGGUGAGGAGAAGGAAGGAGAGGAAGAAGAAGAAGAAGCUAUUAUUGAGGAGGAAGAGGAGAUUGAUGAAGAUGAUCCUGAUUAUGAUAACAAUUACUUUGAUAAUGGUGAAGAUGACGAUGGGGCGGGAAGUGGGGGCGAUGGAGGUGGAGAUGAAGGUUUGUCUUGA